AUGACCCCAGACAAGUUGCUCACACAAUUUUGGGAAGUUGAAGAAGUUCCAAGGAAGCCUCUACCUUCAACUUCGGAUAUAGUUUGUGAGCAAAUUUAUAAAAAUACGACCCACAGAAACUCAGAUGGGCGCUAUGUGGUAACAUUACCCUUUAAAACUCCAGAAAACAUAGAAUUGGGCAACUCAAGACACAUAGCUCUAGCUCAAUUUCUUAGAAAUGAAAAGUCAUUGUCGAGAAAACCCGAAAUAAAAGCGGAAUACGACAAGGCCAUCAACGAGUAUUUGGAACUCGGUCAUAUGACCAAAGUUGAAUACGACCCUGCGGAUAAUACGAAAACGUAUUAUCUGCCACAUCACGCAGUCAUUAAACCGGAUCGCAUAACGACUCAACUGCGAGUGGUAUUCAACGCUUCAUGCCCCACCUCGAACAGGAACAGCCUCAACGAUGUACUACAUACUGGACCCACUCUACAAGCAGACCUCGUAAUCCUAGUUGUAAAAUGGCGAAUGUUUCAAAUCGUAUUCAACGCAGAUAUCCAAAAAAUGUAUCGUCAAAUACUCGUUGAAAGCAGACACACUCCGUUUCAAAGAAUCUUAUUUAGGAAAUCCUCUAACGACCCUAUAGAAGACUUUGAAUUACAAACUGUUACGUUUGGUAUUAACUGUGCUCCAUUUCUAGCUAUCCGUACCCUCCUUAAAUUAGCGGAUGAUGUACAAGGAACCCACCCACUGGCAGCAGAGAUACUUCGAAACGGAAUGUAUGUUGAUGAUGUACUUGCAGGAGCACAUGACGUACCAACAGCGAUAUUGGCACGAGAUGAACUCACUUCAUCCUUGAAGUCCGCAGGAUUUGCUCUACGCAAAUGGACCUCAAAUGACCCAAAAGUUUUAUCUGGAAUCCCACAGGAACAUCUAUUGGAUACCAACUCACUCAGUUUACCGGAAUCCAAUAACACAAAAACACUAGGAAUCAGAUGGAAUGCAAAAAAAGAUGCGUUCUUUUUUCUCAUCAACCCUAUUCAGGAUAAAACGGCGUAUACUUAA